AUGGGUCCCCGAGGCAGAGGUCGCGCUGGGUUCCGUGGAGGAGGAAGAGGCGGUGCUCGUGGACGUGGUGGUAGAGGAGGACGCGGCAGAGGCAGAGGAGGUUCGGGCCGUGGCCGCGGAAGAUUUGAUUCCAGCCGUGUUGAAGAGAAUGAGUCAUCUGGAUCGGAAUCUGGGGAGGAGAUGGAUUCUGAGAUGGAGGACUCUGAUGUCUCCAUGUCUGAUGAUGAUGAUGACGACGAGGAUGAGCAGCCGCAAAACACCCGCCCUUAUAUGGCUCUCCUUCAAGGCUUCACCGAGUCUUCAGAACCUAGCGCCAAGAGGAGAAAGUUGGAAAGCGGAAAGCCUGAAGGUGCCCCUCAGACAACAGCAGAAUCUUCAGGAGACGAGGAUGAUGACGAAGAUGAGGGUGGAGAAGCAGGUGAAAAGGACGUGGACAGAGUUGACGAGGAAGAGGAAGAUCCUUCGGCGGAUAUCGCAGAGGAGGCGGAAGAAGGCGAUGGCGAAGACGACGUCGAUGCGACUGACCCAUUCGAUCAUCACUUUGCGACACCCGAAGAAACCGCCUAUACGAAGAAAGUCAAGGCUAUCCAGAAAAACGGCUGGACAUUCCAGAGGACCAUGUCCAAGAUCUCGAAGGCUGUUGUCACGUACCCCGAGGGAUCGGAUGCGCCAUCGAUUCCUUCGCCCAUCUCAAGCUUGGAGAGCCUCAAGCUCAAGCAGAAGCUGAAGGAAUCCGCCUCGAAGAAAAUCACAUCUCUCAGCACCCUGCAGCAAGCCAUGGCGCCGGUACUAUUCAACUACAACGACGUUCUGUACGACAAUCGGGAUGUAAAGAACUCUGAAAGCCUGAGACAGCUCGUGUGCUUACACGCUGUCAAUCACGUAUUCAAAACCCGAGACCGCGUCAUCAAGAACAACUACAAGUUGGCAAAGGAGGAAAACGCUGACCUGGAACUGAGAGAUCAGGGCUUCACGCGCCCCAAGAUUCUCUUCAUUCUGCCAACAAGACAAUCCUGUCUCAAGAUGGCCAACACCAUCGAGGAACUUAUCGAACCUGAGCAGCGCGAGAACAGAAAACGGUUCGAGGAAGCUUACACCGAUGAAGAAGUCAAGUUCGGUGCCGACAAGCCCGCAGACUUCCAGGACCUCUUCGAGGGCAACGACGACGACAUGUUCCGCAUCGGCAUGAAGUUCACCCGCAAGACCAUCAAGUACUUCUCACAGUUCUACAACUCCGAUAUCCUGUUCGCCAGUCCGCUGGGUCUGCGCAUGGCCAUCGGGUCAGAGGAAGACAAGAAGAAGAUGGACUACGACUUUUUGAGUUCCAUCGAGAUGGUCGUCGUCGACCAGGCCGACGCCCAGCUCAUGCAGAACUGGGAGCACGUCGAGUACAUCUUCGAGCACAUGAACCUCCAGCCCAAGGACGCCCACGGCUGUGACUUCAGCCGCGUGCGCAGCUGGUGCCUCGACGACUGGUCCAAGUACUUCCGACAAAACAUCAUUCUCUCUGCCUUCAACACCCCGGAGCUGACCGAGCUCUUCCGCACACAGUGCCACAACUGGGCUGGCAAGAUUCGGUUCCAGGCAAACUACCCCGGCGUUCUACAGCAGCUGGGCGUCAAGGCCCGGCAGACCUUCUCCCGCUUCGAGGCCAAGGCCAUCGACAAGGAGCCAGACGCCCGCUUCGAAUACUUCGUAUCGGCUAUCCUGCCCUCACUGAUCAAGCGAGCCAAGGACACGACCGGCACACUCAUCUUCAUACCCUCCUACCUCGACUUUGUGCGCGUUAGAAACUAUUUCGCCACCAACCCCUCCGUCGCCAGUCUCUCCUUCGGCACGAUUUCCGAGUACGCAGAUGUUCCCGAGGCCUCCCGCGCGCGCUCUCACUUCUUGACGGGCCGGCACAAGGUCCUCUUGUACACGGAGCGUGCGCACCACUUCCGCCGCUAUGCCCUCCGCGGCGUGCAGCGUGUCGUUAUGUACGGUCUUCCGGAUAACCCCACCUUCUACCGGGAGAUCGCGGGAGGUUAUCUCGCCCGCAGCGAACAGGACCUCAAGAUCGAGCCCGGACAGGGCACUGUUAGGGUCAUGUUCUCCAAGUACGACGUCAUGAGACUGGAGCGUAUCGUCGGUACGCAGCGUGUGGGUAAGAUGAUCCAGGAGAAGGGCGACACCUUCGACUUUGUGUAG